AUGGCUGAUGGGACCAGACCAGCAAUUUCAUGGUUCUCCGAGAUUAGAAUUAAAGGGGAGGCUCAGGUACAUGUGCAUGGUCCCCUCGGUGACGACUGUAGCAUAAACUCCCUUGCGCUUUUUCAGUUUUUGUCGGUGGUACCGUCUCCUCUUUGUACGUAUUCACCACCUCCUGCCUCCUCUUUAUCUCCACAAUUUCGAUUUAGCUGUCUAAUAUCAGUGCAAGCGAUUGGGUCUCGUGCUACUUGGCUACAUGUACAGCAAAAUAGCAGCUCGCAGCAUAUGUCAAUGGCUUCUUACUUUCGCCUUUCAUGGAGGUGCCGAUGGGGUGCUGGAAUUGGAGGAGGUGCAGGUAGUGGUGGUGCUGCUGGAGGCGGCGUUGGAGGUGCUGAUGGAGGAGCUGGAGUUGGAGGAGGUGCAGGUGGUGGUGGUGCCGCUAGAGGUGGCGCUGGAGGAGGUGUAGGUGGUGGGCGGGCUGGAGCUAGUGUUGGAGGAGCAGGUGGUGGUAGUGGAGUUGGAGGCAGUGCAGGUGGUGGUGCUGGUGCUAGAGGUGGCAUUGGAGGAGGUGCAGGGGGUGGAGCUGGUGGAGGAGUAGGUUGGGGCUGGUGGAGGUGCAGGAGGAGGAGCCGAGGAGGCGUUGGCAGAGGUGCUGGAGGUGGGGCCGGUGGCGGAAAAAAGGGUGGAGCAGAUGGUGGCUUUGGGAAAGGUGGAGGUAUAGGAGGUGGUGGUUUGGGGCUGGAGGAGUUUUGGUGGAGGGCAUGGGGAUUUGGUAAGGGUGGAGGAGUUGGCGCGGCGGUGGAUUCUGAGGCCGGACUAAUCCUAGAAUUGGACGUCGCAAAUUGUGAUCUCACUGACGCAGUUGAAAAAAAACAAAGCAAAACUGGGCAAUUUUUAAGCAAUGGGAGAGGAGUUCGGACAGCCUUUGGAGACUUUGUUAGUCAAGAAUCCAAGGUUUAG